UGUCUCUCAGAUAGGAUAGGUGGCAUUUCUCCAGGGUCGAGCAGUAAAACCCCUGCUCUUGACUUGUUUGUAAGCAAACACAUUGCAAAGAGAAGGAUAUAAAUAGUCGUUCUAGAAGUCUGAAGAACUGACUAACGAAAGUUCUAUUUUCAUGAAAAACAUGAUUCUUUUCUCUACUCUUAUUUUGCUUUUUCAAGUGGCAUUCUACAUAUGCCAUGCGCAGAAGUGUGAUUUAACAGGAAGCUGGGUAAACGAACUUGGAUCCAACAUGACUAUCUCCACGACAGACAAUAAGGGACACAUCUUUGGCUCCUUCUUCACUGCAGUGACAGCAAACAGUGGAGUGAAAAUUAAGGAAUCCCCCCUCUCUGGCUUUAAAGAUGAUUCUCAUCAGCCGAUAUUUGGGUUUCUUGUGAAGUUUACUUUCUCAGAUUCUAUAACAAACUUUGUUGGCCAGUGCUUUGUUGACAAGAAUGGUGUUGAACAUCUUGAAACCAUGUGGCUGCUCAGAUCAAAAGCAGAUUCCAGUGGAGAUAACUGGCAGAAAACCAGCAUUGGCAGUAAUCAGUUUCGUCGGCUGACUGAAAAGAAAUGAAGCAACGUUAUCAAAAAGGGCUGAAAUCAUCUGUUCUCCCCCUCCUUGGUAAUCUUUGUUCUCAUCGUGAAAUUUAAAUGUGGAUCUCAUUUCAUUGGAUUUUCUUCCAUUCUUCAUAACAUGUAAAGCAUGAAAAUGAGAUGCAUAUCUCAAGGGUUCUAUGCUGGUUAAAUAAAUGCAUUAAACAUG